AUGGCCUCCCCCUCAGACUCAGAGCCAGCCGAGCACCCGGCGCCGUUCAACCUCGCCCUCGGGAUCUCGCUCGGCCUGCUCGCCUCCUUCAUCCAGUCGCUCGGCCUCACCAUCCAGCGCAAGUCCCACCUCCAGAACGACCGUCUGCCGCCGGCCAGCAGGAAGCCCGACUACGCCCGCCCCGUCUGGCUCGUCGGCUUCACCAUCUACUUCUCCUUCAACAUCCUCGGCUCCAUCUUCCAGAUCGGCACCCUCCCGCUCAUCAUCCUCGGCCCCCUCGGCGCCAUCUCCCUCCUCUGGAACGCCAUCCUCGCCCGCCUCCUCCUCGCCGACCGCUUCUCGCCCCACCUCAUCUUCGGCACCAUCCUCAUCGGCCUCGGCGCCCUGCUCAUCGGCCUCUACGGCCUCCUCCCCGACCAGUCCGCCAGCCACGACCUCGACCAGCUCAUCUUCCUCUACUCCCGCACACCCUUCCUCGUCGAAAUCAUCCUCCUCCUCCUCACCUUCUCCCUCCUGUGCUCCUUCGCCCAUCUCUACGAGUUCCGGCUCAACCAGUCCCUCGAAACCAUCUCCCUCCUCACCAUCUCCCCCACCCCAACUCCCCCCGACCCGAACAACAACAACAGAUUAUCGAGGCAUUCACUCAAUCUACCUCCUAACCACUCACACCAACACCAAAAUAAGCACAUCAACCACCAUCACUAUCCAGCCUACCGACCCCGCUCACUCUCUAGUCCCACCCAGCAGCACCAUCCUCUCUCUCUAUCCUUCCCCCACCAACCCAUCGACAUCAUCGACUCACAUAUCCCUCUCACCCCGCCCUUCAGCAACAAGCCGCCCACACGGCUCUCCCGCACGCUCACAAGGUCCCGCUCGACGUACUCCUCAGGCCCAGUCCAACUGGCGAUUGACAAGGACGAGCCGGGCGGAGGCCAGGGUCUGCUGUCUCGGCAGAAGAUCGACCAGCUCAAGCUGCUCAUCGGGAUCGCCUACGGAUCCACCUCGGGCACGCUCUCGGGCAUCUGUCUGCUGUUCGCCAAGACGGGGGUGGAGCUCCUGAUCCGGAGUCUGACGGGCACGGCCCUCAGACUCGUCAACCCCACCCUCAUCUGUCCCCUCGCCUUCUGCUUCUACAACCUCUCCAGCAUCGUCAGCAGUCUCGUCUACUACGACCAGGUCAAGCUCCUGAGCGCCUUCCAGGUCUUCGCCAUCUCCCUCGGAACCAUCAUCCUCCUCGGAGGCGUAUGGGUCGGCGGGCUCGGUGGUCGACGAAGACGAAGCAACGCCGCUCUUACCGUCCUCCCGACGGUGUACUCGGAAGACCCGGGCGGGAUCGACGACUCCUUCGACUCCAGCCCACCCCGCUCCCGCAGAACCACCCUCCUCCUCCAGAGAUCGGAGUCCUCUUCCUCCCCCCACAACCCCCGCAGAACGUCCCAUCCUUUCGACCAGCUCAUCCGCCAGUUCCUCGUCGAGGGCGAAGUGACACCUGUUCGAGGGUUCAGCAUCGGCUUGGGCGCCGCCUCGCCCGGGUUUGCUAUUCGGCCCAAGAAACGCAGGAAGGAGCGCGACGGCUUGCUGCCGAGGUCUAGUCUCUCAGGUCGCUCGGAUGCUGGGCAUCUGGAUCCGAGCCGUCCAUCUCCUUCGACGGGCCUCCCCUCCAACCUCUUCCUGAACUAA